GAACGCACCAGCUAAGUUCGGUCGUGCCCAACUUCAUCGCAGCGUUAGAAGGUAAUGUUCGGAAAUUUCUGCUUGACAGUCGCUACGUUCAUCUUGGACUUGUUUGAUGUGGUCGCCAUCGAGGAAGCAGCCUGCCCACAUGGAUCCCCGGCAGGCUAGAGGGGCCAGCCUCAAGAACCGAGACCCAAAGCACGGCCAGAGUAAAGUGGGCUCGAACCCCCCUCAGAAGGACGCCUACGCCAGGCUGCUCAGCCAGCACUGCAGCAGCAGGUUCACUUCCUAUCUUGAGCAGUGCAUCAAGGAGUCCUUGCAGCGGGACGGAAGCGGACCUGGUCCAGGACUGAAAGCCCAGAGCGAGAGGCUGAAUAUCCCACAGCGGCAGAGGGACCCGGUGUUUAAUGACCUCUCGGACUCCAGCGACUUCUCUCCGUCCUCCAUGAAGAGCAGGGCGGAGGAGAGCUCGCUGGCUCUCUACAUGGAGAAGUUAAACAGUCUCAGCGUCCAGGACGACUGUGAGCGGAAGCCGGGUGUGACCGACAGGCAGCGCCGGGGACAGAGAAGAGACACCACCACCAGCCACGACGGGGACAUCGAGUCCGGCGAGGAGCUGGGUGCUUUAACGCCCACUAAUGCAAAGAAACACCAGAAGCAGCAGAAGAAAACCAGGGACUCCAGCAGAGAGGCUGCAGACGCGCUGGGUGGCGACUGGACGCCAGCAAACGAGCAGGAGCAAGAGAAGACGAAGGCCAAGAGCAAAGUUCCACUGAGACACGCUGUGGAUCAGCAGCCCAGAGCUGUCCCUGCCAGUUCUCCUGCAGAGAAGAGUAAGAAUAAAGGAGGCCGAGCUUCAAAGAAACAAGUGUUUGAGUCCUACAUGACUGCUGAGGAGGUUUCUCAUGGCCUCAAAAGAGGAGAACUCAUCCAGGGUCAGCUCAGAAUCAACCCGAAGAAGUACCAGGAAGCUUUCAUUCCUUCUCCUGAUGACACACAGGAUAUAUUCCUAGAGGGGAUUGAAGCUCGUAACAGAGCGCUGAACGGAGACAUCGUGGUGGUGCAGAUUCUCCCUCGAGAGCAGUGGAAGGUGGUGAAGUCCGACACCGACUGUGAAGAAGCCGGAGAGUCGGAGAUCCAGACCGCUGAGGGGAAGGCGGGGCGUCCGCCGGGCUCCGAGGUCGACGGGGCGGGGCGCAGCGACGGCCAGCUCGUCCACAGAAGUCAGAAUCUGGCUCUCACUGACUCGGCAAGGAAGUCUGGGGAAGAUUCAGUCCCUCAAGCCAACGGAGAAGCACUGCAGAGGACCGCUAAGGUGGUCUACAUCGUUGAGAAGAAGCACUCCAGAGCAGUGACUGGCUUCCUGAAGUUUCUUCCAGACAAGCCCUUCGCCAAGUUCUCGCCGGUCGACCACCGCGUCCCCCGGAUCAACGUUCCGCUCGCCGACUGUCCCGACGGCUUCCGCUUCCGACCGGACGACUUCGCCAGCACUCUGUUCAUCUGCCGCAUCACCGGCUGGGCCGCCGACAGCGCCUUCGCCGACGGCCGGCUCGCCAAAACGCUGGGUCAGGCCGGAGAGAUCGAGCCGGAGACGGAGGGCAUCCUGACCGAGUACGACGUCGACUUCUCCGAGUUCUCGGACGAGGUGCUGGGCUGUCUGCCGACGGCCCUGCCCUGGACCAUCCCGGCGGAGGAGAUGGCCAGCAGGAGGGACCUCAGGACCGAGUGCAUCUUCACCAUCGACCCUUCAACUGCCAGAGACCUGGACGACGCCCUGUCGUGUAGACGGCUGUCAGAUGGGAACUUUGAGGUGGGCGUUCACAUCGCCGAUGUGAGCUACUUUGUGGAGCAGGGCAACGCUCUGGACGCCCUGGCCAGCCGGAGAGCGACCAGCGUGUACCUGGUUCAGAAGGUGAUCCCCAUGCUGCCCCGCCUGCUGUGUGAGGAGCUGUGUAGCCUCAACCCGCUGGUCGACCGCCUCACCUUCUCCGUCGUCUGGACAAUCACUCCCGAGGGAAAGAUCCUGAGCGAGUGGUUCGGCCGCUCCGUCAUCCGCUCCUGUGUGAAGCUGAGUUACGACCACGCCCAGAGCAUGAUCGACGCCCCCGAGAAGCUGUUCUCCGCCGAGGAGCUGCCGCCCGUGGACCCCGCUCACCCCAUUGACGAGAUACACCAGGCCGUGCUCCAUCUGCACGCCAUCGCCCAGCAGCUGAGAGCGCAGCGCUUCUCGGGAGGAGCCCUGAGGCUGGACCAGUUAAAACUCUCGUUCUCUCUGGACAAAGAGACGAUGAUGCCACAGGGCUGCUUUGUUUACCAGUACAGAGACAGCAACAAGUUGGUGGAGGAGUUCAUGCUGCUCGCCAACAUCGCCACGGCCCACCACAUCCGUCGCCACUUCCCCAAGCUGGCUCUGCUGAGGCGCCAUCCUCCACCCAAAGCCAAGAUGGUGGACGAGCUGCAGGAGCUGUGCGACCAGCUGGGCCUCCAGGUCGACCUGUCGUCCUCAGGAGCGCUGCACAAGAGUCUCAACUCCACCCUCGGUGACGACGAGUAUUCCAGCGCCAGGAAAGAAGUCCUGACUCACCUGUGCUCCAGACCCAUGCAGAUGGCGCAGUACUUCUGCACCGGCGUGGUGGACGACGAGAAGCUCUUCAGGCACUACGCCCUCAACGUUCCUCUCUACACCCACUUCACCUCGCCCAUCAGGCGCUACGCCGACGUCAUCGUGCACCGGCUGCUGGCGGCCUCGCUCAACUGCGGGCCACAUCUGCAGCUGUCGACAGCGGAAGUGGAGAAACAGGCGUCGCACUGUAACGACAGGAAGACGGUAUCGAAGCGCGUGCAGGAGCUCAGCUCCGAGCUCUUCUUUGGAGUGUUUGUCAAGGAGUGCGGCCCGCUGGACUCCGAGGCCAUGGUGAUGGGCGUGUUGGAUCAGUCCUUCGACGUGCUGGUUCUCCGAUACGGAGUGCAGAAGCGGAUCUACUGCAAGUCCAUCGUGGGCCUGGACUCGUUCCGACACCGUAAGGUGGGAAAGAAGUCGGAGCUGACUUUGUUGUGGAACCCAGAGAACCUGGAGAAGCCUCGAGAGGAGCAGGUCAUUUCAGUCUUCACGUUGGUGGACGUGCAGCUCAAGGCCGACGGCGCUCCCAUGAAAUACAGCGCGGAGCUCAAACGGCCCGAAGACUCGCCGGCGCAGAACUGAAGCCCAAACAAACCCAUCUCUAAGAGUUGCACCUUUCUUUUAGUCGGUCGGUCGCCGGCUCGUGGCGUGCGGCGGGGAAACGGUGUUGCUGUUGCGGCCAAUCAGGUCAGAGUCGGCUUUCAGCAGGAAUUCCCUUUUUGUGAGUUGGAAAACCUUUUAGCAUCAAGUUGCGGUCCCUCACACCUGCCCUGCCAGAGGCGUGCUGCCUGAGGCUUCUGGAUUCAGUUUGUUAUUUCGUGGUGAUUCUGGCUUUGAAAGGGACAGGACGGAGUUUGACUCUGCUCUGACGGGAAGAAACAAACAACAGCUUUUAUUUGGUUUUUGGUUUAUUGAUCUGUUAAGGUCAGUUUUGUUAUACACAGUCUAAUGUGUGUGAGAACAGAUUUUUAACGACUUUCUUUUUAACACUAUUGGAUUUCAAUAUUUAUUGGCGAGGGAGAGCUGGGCGUGGUAAUGUUGGUUUAGCUCAUUUUCUCAGAGAAACGGGUGAACCUUCACGUUCCCACUGGAGGAGCCGAAGCUGCUACUGAGCUCCUGGUGGUUUGGUGAGACCAUGGUCUUACGGGGUUUUUGGUUCCUCGCUGCUUCAGUUUAAAUCGUCCCUCACAGGACUCUUUUAACUGGGAUCCUCAGUAACUGGUCUUCGUGUUGGUUUAAUGUAUUGAAGUACUUAAUGUCCAAGUCGAGCCAGAACUCGAAUGUCUAUCAGCUUCUUACUGAUUUUAGCGUUGAGGGAAGAGGUGGGAGUGGCUUCAGGAGCCUUGCUACUGGCCGCGGGUUUUGGUCUUCAGCCUCCAGAUCUUAAUGAUUUUAUGUUUACUUGAGCGUCAAAAGUGCUUCCAGCUGCUGCUUUUGUUCUUUAUUUUAAUACUAGGCAGAUUUGUGUGUUGUUUUUUUUUUUUUUACAAACUCAGAGCAGGUAUUUUUGUCUUCAAGUUUUUUUUUAAACUAUCAGAUUUUAGUCCUAAUUUAUCGAAAGGCCUGAUUUCAGUCGGUCAGCUCGUUGAUUGAGCUCCACAUUAAAGUGUCUUAAGUUCAGAUUCAGGGUGUUGGACGUCUCUUCCAGUUUUGUUUGACAGAUUCUCUGAAGGAUUAUUUUUAUUUUAUUUUUCUCCCCAAACCCUGCCGGUAAUCCUGCCACAUUUGAGAAGUGAGUCGUCACAUCCAGCAACCUGCCAAAGCUUCUCACUCCAAACCACGUGAAGGAGAAACGCUCCCAGAUUGUCUGCAGAUUUGUAUUGUGUGUAAUCUGGACACGCGCGCACACACACACACUCUCUGUUUUAUCCUGCUGUACCUCUCACAGAGCCAAACACUUUUGCCUUUGCUUGUUGGAAAAUACAUGAAAUCCAAACUGUC